GAGGGCACCAGGAGAACGCACAUUCAAUAGCUACCCACGGGACUCACGUAAGCCAUGUCCGCGCCAAUGCUUCGAACUGUCAGCAGGGCCGUCCAGGCCCCGCAAAUGAGGACGAUCGUGACGCGGUCUAUGCCCAGGGCGGGCGGAGGACACGAUGACCACCCUCACUUGGUGUUCGACACGGCCAAGGAGCCCUUCACCAAGUUCAGCGCGGGUCUGCUCGUGGGUGGACUUGUAUUCUCGGGAAUCGGAAUCGUGGUUGGUGCUGUCACGCACCAAAACUACAAGCACGGGUACUGGGGGAAGGAGUAACUCGGCUGCCGAAUACAAACCCGAAGAGGGGGUGCACCGGCGCAAGUGCUGGUGGGGGGGGGGGGUAUACACACAUGAACAGCAUGGGCAUGCCCAACCGCGGUGGUUCGAUAUCUUGGAUCGAACGCACUGUCUUGAAGGCUGUGGUGCACGCCUGAACAUGUUGGCAGUCUUCAUGCAUACCAUGUAGACGCGGUUGUCAACAAGGAUGACAAGGAGUUGUUUUCAUUUUUUUGGCAUCGGACCUUGGCGAAUGUCUCACGUAAGGCGGCUGGGUUACAUUCAUGACGAACAACCAACUUUGGGUUGAUAUCGAUUGAUGAUAUGGUCAUCACGCCCCCUGUUUUAGUUUUGUAGGGGAGGAGCGUUCUGGAUACUUCAAACGAACAUCGCUUGGUUGGUGGGGGUCAGUCGAAGAUCGGCCCGCAUCUGCAAGGCUCAGAGGGCCCCAAUCCGCGAGGUACCCUCCCACGUUCCUUCGAAAAUAUUCUUUUGUUUCAGAAGUUACAUUUGCUUUCGUGUGUGGGUUUGGGGCUGGCUGCGUAUGUUUGUUGCCAUGACGCUUGUCCCCGAUUGGUGAGCAAUUUAUCGUGAGGUGACGAGGGGAAUACCGUGCAGCAGCAGCUGCAGCUGCAGCACUUGGUAGCCGUCUUCGAAGUUAGACGCGAUUGCGUUCUCAGGAAAAUCGCUCUGAUGAAGAAACCUACCUUGUUUCGAUUGUUCUCAUUCCCUCGCGACGUAGCCCCCGCCCCCCCCCCCACAUUUCCGUAUUAGCGAGAAUGGGUUUGAUGGCACGACGACGUAGCGUGCACACUCGUGGAUCAAGUGACCCCCGUGCAAGGUACAUGCAGUACCCGGGCUUACCAAGCUCGCGCCGUAAGAUAGACGGCCUAAGAUGGGGCAACAAAAGCGAUGCUCGUCAUGACAUCAAGGUACUGUAGUUUGCGACAACUCACACGAAUCAUGGUGCACCUUGGCUUGGUACACACACA